AGUCGGCUAUAUUCUCUUGGUCGAAGCUGUCGUCGCAUAGCGAGAUAGUUUACCUGUCAGCUGUCAGUUUAUCCCACUUCUUACAGAUGCUGAAAAUACGAAUACUAACUAUUCUGACUUAAAAAAAGAAAAUUAUCCAAGUUAUUACAAAAGUAACUAUUAUCGUACCUGCAUGCAAUAUUAAUCGGUGUUGGUUGUCAUGUCUGCAGUGGAGAAACAAGUAAGGGCAGCCUGGACCCAGCCCAGCCGAAAAUCGACAGAUUUUGAACACUGGAAGAGAGUGUUCUGGGAGAACGCAAGUGAUUACUGUUCGAGUACGACACUGCAUGGGUACCGUUAUCUCACCGAAGAUGGUCUUCACUGGAUAGAAAGGUUGAUGUGGGUGACUGUCCACAUUAUGGCGACCUGGGGCGUGAGCUACAGCAUCCUCGACGUGUGGCAAGACUACCUGAACGCGCCAAUCUUCACCACGGUGCACACCACCGCCUACCCCAUAUCCAAGAUCUCCUUCCCGGCCGUCGCGGUCUGCAGCAACAACAAGAUCAGCUACAAGAGGGCUCGGCGCUUGACGGAGCAACUGGCUUCGAGCAGGAAUGUCUCCGCCGAAGAACUCUUCAACCUGAUCCCGAACAUGGGACGGAUGUUCGACUUCAACGACCGGGGACGGGAACAGGUGCAACUCUUGCAUGAAAUGCUGACAGCCAAUAACCACACCUACAACGUGACGAACCUUAUGCUAAAGAUGAGCCCCAGCUGCGAGGCCCUGGUGGUGCGCUGCAAGUGGGGAGGACGCAAGGAAAGCUGCAGGACUCUGUUCACGCAGCGCAGGACCAUGGAGGGCUUCUGCUGCACCUUCAACUACGUGCGGGAUCGCGACGACUUCGUCGUUCUAGCAGGAAACCAGGAGCUAGAAGACAAUGCCGAAUACCCUGAUGACGAUGAAAACGACGAGCGAAUUAAGAGAGCCAGCAUUCCAGGCUCUAACAUGGGUCUUUCUAUUGUAGUCAAUUCUGAGAUAGAUGACUACUAUUUCCCUCUCAUAUCGUCAUAUGGUACGAAGGUGCUGCUGUUCAAACCGAACGACUACCCGGACACGGCGAGCGGCGGCCUCGUGGAGCACCUGGUGCCCGUCGGCGCCGAGGUGUCCCUCAGGCUGCAGGCCACCUCGGUGUACGCCGACGCCUCCAUCAAGGGCUUCACCCUGAAGCAGAGGGGCUGCCUCUUCAAGAGCGAGCUGUCCCAGCUGUUCGCCGGCUCCUACUCCUUCAGCGACUGCGUCAUCAGCUGUCGCGUCCGGAGUAUCCGGACCCUGUGCGGCUGCACGCCCUUCUUCUACCCCUCGCUGGGUGCAUCAAGAACAUGCGACUUGAGUGAUAUUGAUUGCUUAGCAAGAUAUGCAGACAAGUGGACCACGCUGAGACCCGCGCGGCAGGUGCCCGGCCUGGAGAAGGAGCGCGAGGUGUCCAUCUCGUGCGAGGAGUGCCGCCCCGCCUGCUCCGACACCAGCUACCACGUGCAGACCACGUGGGCCGGCCUCUCCCGGCGGCGCUACGAGUCCUCGGACUUCCUGGACGGCCUGACCAACCUGUCGGGACACAGCAUGGUGCACCUGUUCUUCGGCACCGGCACCACCACGAGGUUCGAGAAGCAGGUGCUCUACUACUGGUACGACCUCCUGAGUAACUUCGGCGGGAUCUGCGGGCUGUUCGUGGGGUUCAGCCUCAUCAGCGUGGUGGAGCUGGUGUACUUCUUCACCGUGCGGUUCCUCCUGCUGGCGAGGGACAGGAACCGGCGCCCGGGACACGCUGCGACUCUCAAGUCACCGCAGCUGACCGGCAUCUACUGGCGCGAGGUCGCGCCCUCCCUGCGCGUCGGUCGCCACUGACCGGCGGUGUCGCGUCACUCCACUGUGGAACCCUGUCUCGAGCUUCGCAUCGCUCCACCUCGUCUCCAUCCCAGUGCAACGCUUUCUUCGUGUCACUCCACCUGAAGGAACCUCGUCUCCAUCCCAGUGCAACACUUCCUUCGUGUCACUCCACCUGAAGGAACCUCGUC